AGUAUUUAUAGAAAUUUGAUUCAAUUAAACCAUGAUAAAAUAAGAGAACUUGAACGUAAACUUUAGCGAUACUUGUUUGCUCCUGUAUCAUUAGACCCUUGUAUUUCAAAAGAUUAUGUUGCCAUUUAUAGACUGAUGGAUGAACAUCACAACUCCAAACCCUUACUUCAUUAUUUGUAUUAUCCUGAAGAGCCAUUGAUUUGCGAAAAGACUCUAGUACUCACACUAUGUGUAAGCUCUCUCCUUUUAGUUUGCAGGAUUUGCCCAACGUUGUCCACGCUCAUUUUAGGCCCCAAGAGCAUUUCUUCCUGUUCAGAGAGAUAUUUGAUUUCUUCCUUACUACUCUAAAGAGAAUUGUUCGUGUCUCCCCUCCCAAUUUUACUUUCUUUCCUCUUUAUUUUACACCCCAUUUCUCAUCUUGCUUUUUCGUAAUUUUUAACUUCAUUAUUAUGCAAUUGUUCUGUUACUGUUCUAAAUAUAAAAUUCGAAUUCAUGUUAUCUUGUUAUGUUGAAAUACCUAGAUUGUUAUUAUUAUAAACCUUUUUACUGUUACUAAAAUCAUAUUACUGUUUUGACUGAAAUUUAGGGGGUUGAGCUCGAAAACCGUUUCGGCUCCUCCCAACAUCCUAGGCAACGUUAAGAUAUUAAGAUACUAAUUAUUGUUAAAAUGCUAAUUGUCUUUAUCGACACUUUAUUGACUUGUAAUAUUAAUAGGAGUACCCCCUGGGGCCAUGCCCCAUAUCAUUCUGUAAGUAACUGUGCUUAGUAAUCCCUUUGAUAUGUCCUUACCUUUAGUUUAAUUGCUAUGUCUUUACCAAAGAAGACAUGUAUACAAAAGAUUGUGAAUUUAAUCAAAGCAAUCGGUCAUUUUCCAAGCUGUACAACGAGCAACAGCUUGGCUUAGGGAAUAGAUCGAGGAACCUGAUCCAGAAUAAUUUAAUGCCAGCACAAAUUUAUUUAUUUUGCCGCCGAAGUCAACAAUCGAAUUAAAAAUUAAGAGAUAAAAUGGAGAAGAAGGCCGAUAAAAACUUCCCUUGGACGAACGAUAAGGUGGCUUUAAUUUUCAGUGUUAUUUUAGACUACAAAACUGCAAAGUCCAAGCAAGGCUUGGACUGGGAAACAAUACAAGCCUUUUCUGUGGUCGUCUUUUCUUCAGAAUUUCCUUUUCUUCAGAAUUUGACAACGUAGUUACGCCACAAUCAAAGCCUCGAUUACCUGAAACAGCCAUACGAAAGACCUCUUUGUGAAUCCGUGAGAAAAUCGUCUCGGAUAGGUAAACACGUUCUAAAACGGAACCGUGACGGUACAAAAUUCGUUCGCUUUCAAAGCAGGGUCAAAACUGUUCCGGAUAGCAGAGCAAAAUCGUGACGGUUCCACACACGAUGCAGAGGUUAUAGUCAACGUUACCGAAAUUAACAAUAAAUUAUACAGGCAAUUGAAUGCCUGCUUGUAUGGACAAUUUUCUAAUAGAAACUCUAAAGCCGUUUUGCACGUAUCGCCAACAAGCUUCUUUACCAAUGGAAUCUCAUAAACCAAUCAAUCAUAACAUAAUUGAUACCCUAUGUUAUUUCCUUUAAUGCUUGGUAUUCUAAAAAGCUUUCACAUGUGGGUGAAAGUGCCGAGAUUUCUCGCAAGAUUUCUUUUGCAUCACAGGAAAGUCUUCUAUCUAGCUCUGAUAGCAUACAAUCCAGGAUUGGAAGAAAGAUAUCAGCGUGGAACGGUUUCUCGGGACUUACAGUUGCUGACUUCCCAAUGGCAUCGGAUACUGCAAAAUCACUAAGAGCCUCUUUCUCUCCAGGAUGCAUUUCCUUUUACAGCAAAAUGAAGCAUUCAUGGACAACAGAAUUGCUAACUAAAAUUUAUAACUGUUCAAGAAGGGAAAAGAAAUCGUCAGCUUGUGUGGUACAACCUUGACUGUUUCAACGAGUACAAGAUUUAGUCUUUGUCCAUAGCAGUGCAAAUAAUAAGCCAUUGGUGCCUUAUCGAUUAUGUAUCUUUGGACCCCACCUAGCCUCCCACUCGUAACACUCGCUCCAUCAAAUCCCAUACCUAUCAGGCAUCCUUUGUAAUCCAAGCCCAUCUGCUCAAGUUUGCUGAAAAAAGCUUCAUUCAUUGAUUGAGCAUCUAAUUCCUUCAUUGCCAUGAAGAUUAUAAAACAUUACUGGAUGCUUUUUGCAUUCCUGGGAAGCCUAGAAGAAUGGCGUUCAAGGUCGGCCAUGCCGUUUGCUGCUCUUACAAAAUUUACUUGAUACUCAGUGUACUUGUGCAUCCUGUUAAAAAAGCAGUUUUGGAUAACAUCAAGAUCCACUGCAGUGAUGUUUCUCGAGGAGAGAAUUUGUUUUUAAAUUAUGAUGGCUGUGAUAUUGUUGGAUCUCAGAAUGUGGUAUGCACUUCUACUUGCCUUAUCGGCCAUCUUGCCUUAUCGGCCAAGGAAACAAAGGUUUUCAAGAGCAGAAUUAGCCGUUAUGGUAGCUGGGAUAGUUGCAUCACUUUUCAAUUACUUAUGGAUGUUUAUUUAAUGCGAAUUAUGCUUAGCGGUGAUGAAACUUAGGCCGUGAUUGUGCUGUUCCAACGAGGUCAAAGUCCAUCACAGGUCAAAGUACAAAUGUGGGCACAAAUGUCAUCCCAGUAAAAGUAACUUCAAGGAAUAAUACGUGGUCAAGAAAGUUAUGUACUACUCAACAAAGGUACCCAUGAAACUUAGCUAAACUUACAUUUGAAAAGUCUCAUAACAUUCUUCCUUUUCGAUUCACACAAUAAAUGCAAGAUCAUUAAAGAAUAAAGUGAUAGAAUUACGUAAUUAUACAAGUGACAAUCUUAUAGACAUAUUGAUCGUAACAGAGUCUUGGCUGUCGUCAAAUGAUAACGUUGUGAUAAACAGACUUGUCCCAGAUGGCUGAAAUUUCAUGCAGCAACCACGUGAAAACAGAAGGGGUGGGGGUAUAGCAAUUCUUUUUAGGAAUGGAAAAGAUUUUAAAAUGAAAAGUCAGAGAUUUGGUCAUUAAAAGAGCUUGUGAGCAAUGUAACAGUGGAGCAGAAAAUUUCUGGCCACUUUGCAAUUGAAUUUCAACUAGCCCUCGAUAAGCCAAGCAUUGAAAAGAAGGAAGUUACUUUCAGAAGGUUGAAUCAGAUAGAAUUUGAAAAAUUCAAUUUAGACCUCCAUGAAAAGUUUAUAGAUUUUGACAAGUUAUGUGAUAUAAAUGACCUCACUGCUUCAUACAACAGAACAUUGCGUGAAGUUCUUGAUAAACAUGCGCCUGAGCAAACAAAAUUUAUCACUUUGCGCAACAAGAAUCAAGGUUUUUCACUUGACAUCAGAAAUGAAAAGAAAAAAAGGAGGCAGCUUGAGAGGCGCUGGAGAAGAAGUAGAUCUGCAAUAAAUAGAGAGCUGUUUGUGCAGCAAAAGGAAAAGGUGAAGCAAAUGUAGGAAGAUUCAGAUACAGAGUUUUACUCAAAUUUGGUCAUGGGGAAUUCAGGUAAUUCAAAAGAUUUUUCAACACUCUCAACAAAUUAAUAUAAAGGAAAACUGAAUCCCAACUGCCAAAGCAUGACUCAGCUUUACAGCUGGCUGGCGAAUUUAUGGAAUAUUUUUCAGCAAAGGUAGAGAAAAUUCAAGUAUUCAUUGAGCAAUCUGUGACUAAUAGUGAUACUGAUUAUGGUUAUGAACCUUUUGAAAAAUUGGAACAUAUGAUAUCUAUGACAGCCUUUAGAAGUCUCCCUGAGGCAGAUGUCAAAGAUCUCAUAAUGAAGUCACCAGCAACUUUUUGUGAUUUAGAUCCAGUUCCAACAUGGAUUCUUGGUCGUUGCCAAGAAGUUGUUGUAAAAAUUAUGACUCAAAUCAUAAAUAAAUCACUUCAAUCAGCAGCUAUGCCUGAAGAUUUGAAAUUGGCAUUACUUAUUCCAUUAUUGAAAAAGAAUGGACUUGAAAUCGAGAAGCCUAAUUUUCAACCAGUCUGAAACUUGCCUUAUGCUUCAAAAAUGAUUGAAAGGGCAGUUGCUAACCAAAUGGUGGAGCAUAUGAAGCAGAAUAACUAAUUUGAACCGUUACAAUCAGCAUACAGGGAUGGCCAUUGCAUUGAGACUGCUCUGUUGAAAGUUCAAAAUGAUUUGCUUGUGGCUAUGGACAAUCAAAGGGUUUCAAUUCUUGUAUUCCUUGACCUUUCAGCUGCUUUUGAUCCUGUAAAUCAUCGCUUGCUCCUGAAACGACUAAAUAAAAGAUGCGACGUAAUGGGAGAUGCGUUGAAAUGAUUUGAAUCUAGGUGAUCGUUGGCAAAAGGUUAAUGUGAAAAAUGUCACUUCAAAGAAAUGAGCCUGUCACGUGGUGUUCCUCAAGGUUCAGUAUUAGGACCAUUGCUGUUCUUGGUCUAUACAUUGCCACUAGAAGAUAUUAUGCGGAAGAAAGGACUAGAAUUUCACAUCGAUGCUGAUGAUACUCAAACUUACAUGUCGUUUACACCAAAUGAUGCAACAUCCACCUCAUUGUCAAGAAUGGAUGAGUGUAUCGAAGAAAUCGAAUCAUGGAUACUGAUAAACAGGCUUAAACUUAAUGGUGACAAAACUGAACUGUUAGUUAUUGGUACCAAGCAACGAUGCAAGAAAAUCCCAGACAUAUCCCUCAAUGUUGGUGGCAGUGUCAUUAAAGCCAAUGAAAGCAAGAAAUCUUGGUGUUGUUUUUUGAUAGAAAUUACAAGUGAACGCGCUGUGCAAAUCAGCUAGAUAUCAUUUACACAACAUAACCCUUGCCUUACCAUUCAGGCUUUGUUUUUAUUUUUAUUUUUUUGCCUCAAUUUUGUUUUUCAAUUUAGAGAAGCCAUAGCCCCUUGAGUUGUUGCUGACCAAUCUUGUUCGUCUUUAGUUUUGAAAAGACCCCUCAGCACUGGCAGCUUCAGCAACUAUUUUUGAUCGGCUCUAUACAGAUUAGAACCUUAAACAGUCUGGUUUCAUGCAUUCCCUUUUCUCGUUGUUUUUGGAAGCUUUUCAACAGAAGGCUUCUAAAUACUAGACCGAGUUAAGGCAUUUUGCGUUAAAAUCUGGAUUCUCUGACAAUAUAUUUGACCUAUCCUCCAUAUCAAUUCUACUUUUUUUCUGUGGAAAAGAGUGCUGUUGAAAACAAGGCCUAAACGAUUGAAGUAUAAAUGUUAGACAUUUUUUUGAGAAUGACAAAAAAGCAAAUACCCUAUAUAGCGAAUGGUAAUUUUGCCGACUUUUGGACUCCAGGGGGGGGGCAACUGUCCCCUCGCCCCUUCCCCUUUUAACCGCCACUGGAUCUUUUGACAGCUUUGACUUUCUCGUAAUCACUCCAGGACAUUAUUGAAGCUUUGUGGCAACCAGAAUUGAUGUGCUUCGUUAUUGCAACCUCUUUUCCUUGUGCUUUUUUCCAUUGACGAAAUCUAGUCUCGGUAAAUGCCUCUUCAGUGUUACCAUAACCAGGAGGACAGAAAUGCGACAGGGAAAGCAAAACAUGGCAUCAAAUUCUUGUGAAUACUCGGCCCAACUGUAGCGCUCAUACCAACUUGCUACGAAUGAUCUGCCUUGAGAUGCCCUUUCACUGUGCUUUGGAUUGGUCUUUAGCAGUGGCCUAGAGUAUUAAUCUCCAGGCUGUUGAGACAUGUCAUUUGGCGCCUCUUUCACUCCUGUAUCUUCUUUUCCAGCCUUUUCAGCUUGUAGCUCCUUAUAACUUGAGUAAUCCUUGCGCUUUCUGAAACUUAAAAACCUAUCCAUAAUUAAAAAACAAAACCCUUGAGGGAAAAAAUUUCGAUGAAUAGCAGUAGUUUUCGCCAGAAGAACACCAGUCGUGAAGAAAUCAGCAUCGUCAGCAUUCAUAGCCUCAUCAUUACUGUUCAUCUCAUGUCUAAAAUACCUUACUUUCCAGAGUUCUUCUUCAAAAUAUAUGUUAACCAAUACACCACUGAGCGCAUCGCCUUAUGGUUAGCAUAUAUUGCUACUGAAUGGCUCUGUCUCGGCGUUGUUUAUUCUUACAUCUAGAGCUGUAUUUCUUUAAUAAAACCUGAAUCAUUCUUACUUCGUUUUCGUCGAGAAACUUCUUUACAAUGCCAAUGAGCUGUUCACGUCAGAUUGUGUCAAAAACGCAACUCAUAUUUGUGCCAGUGGUGUAAACUUUAAUUUGUGAUAUUUAUGUCUUUGCAAUACUCCAUUGGUAUGCCCACAUUAUAUCUGAUGUACUACUACUCAGUGGAAAUUCUGCUUGUAAAUCUGUUAAGUGGUGUUCUACCUUAGGUUGAAUGCGAUGUAGAACUAACUAUAUUUGAGAAGAUCUUUCUCAGUAUUGGGAGUAAGUUGGUAACAGGGCUGUUGGUAUUACCAGGCCCCGGCAAAGACACAAUUAUGCGGUCGUCCAAUUCUAGUUCAAUUUCUUUUUCAAAAGCUUCAUUGAGGGAAUUUUUAAGGCUUGGACAGGGUCAAGGGGCCAUAUUUUAACAUUUCGACAGAUAUAUUAUCAAUUCUUGAGGUUUUGUUAUUUUAAGUUUAUUAAUACCGGCUUUUACUUGUUCUUUUGAUAUUUCUUUAUUCGAUUUUCUUGGCUGACCAUCGAAUGGAUUCAUACUACUAACAUCGUCGUCGUUGAAAUGUUUUUCGAAAUGACCUCUGACUACUUUGUAGAUCUCAGAUGGCUUUGUUAUUGUUCACACCGUAAACAUAAGAUUUGUGAAGGACUUUUGCUGCAAAAUUUUAACUCACUUAUAUACCUUAGAAGCAUCUUCUACAUGAUUGAGCUGACUAACUUUCUGAUAAAGUUCUUGCUCCUUCUUUUGCUCGAGUCUAUGCUUGAUUUCAUGAAUCACUGAUGCGCAGUAGGCAUUAACAGAUUUAUUGCCGACAAAGAUGAACAUCAUCAUCAUCAUCAAUAAAUUAAAAUGAUAAUAAUCAUCACCAUUCCCAGGACGAUGGUGCCUGGCUGAGGAACCAAUCAUUGGUCUGGGAAAGCCUCAUUAGUGCCCUAACUUUUUCCAAGCAACAAUUUUCCCUUUUGGCCAAAAGUACUUUGAAAAGUGCCACUUUUGCAUGUCCCUAUCAUACAACGAAAUGUUCCAUUUACGUGGUGCCUACUUUUUUCAGCACGUCCCAUUUCCCAUUGACAGAAAUAGGACAAAUGGCGUUUCAAAUGGAUGAGGCAAAAGGGUUUCUCUCUUUACUCCUUGUAUCCAAACUUUUUAGAGUAUAUGUUUGACAGAGGUACAGCUGGUGCAUUAGCUUUCUUGUACCUUUAACCUUACUUUUAAUCUUGUACGUUCAACAUUUUAGGUAGUUGAAGAUGCCAGCAUAUACGUUCAUUUCUUUGGCAUUCAUUAUAUUACAACUCUGUCAAGCAUGGAAAGAAGAACUGGCACCGGAGAGCAAGUUCCAUUCAGCACUGCAAUACCCACACAUAAGCUUCCGUGGAGGCUUUAAGGCGAAUGUGGCAACAGCCAAUAACGUUCCAGCUAACUUUGAUAACGAGAACUUCUUUGGCUAUGACCAAUUCAGCAACAAUUAUGGCGGAAAAGGCCAAUGGAACCCUCAAGGAACCAAUGAUUUAAUUUUGAUCGAUUGUCACGUCACAGGCGCCUGCCCUGCCAUUGGAGAAUGUACGGAGUCUUCACAGAAAGACACAGUUUGUGGCACGCCUGUAACAGAUGGAGGUUUUCGUACAUUUGCAAAGAUGGUCGAUUUAGAUCCAGCAUAUCAAAUUGUGCCCGAAAUCUGGGGCAUGAAGAUGCUAUUACCAGGGUUUUUUGAAGGAGAACUUGAAGCUACUCCUUUAACAGAUUAUUGGCUGCGUGGUGUUGGCCAUGGUGACAACAGAAUGGGUGGAGCCUACCGUUCGUAUUUGAAAGACGUUAUUUGGCAUUCAAAUGCUGAGUCUUCAACUACUGUAAGUCAAAUGAAGAAAAUGUUCCAUGAACUUGGAAGUCAUCGGUUGUCUGUACUAUUUUAUUUGGAUAGCUACAAAAUUAGUUUUCUGCACAGUGAAAAGGGGUUUGCUUUGGGACGAAUCAUUGGUACGAUUGGGGUUUUGGGGCCUUUAAGUCCAUCAAGAAGUUUAUGGAGUCGAUCCUUGGCAGCGAUCCACAGAAUACCUGACGAUGGAGACUUUCAACUUGACAAUACGAGCUCCGUUUUUUAUACCAAUGAUGCUUCAUUUGUUGUGGACAAAAAGCAGAAAAAAUUAUUCAUCAACUUUGAAAACAGCUUGAUGACUGAUCAGAAUGGAGACCCUAAAUCUUUUCCACAUAAUACAAAAAUUGGAUAUUUUAAACAGACGUAUGGACUGAAUACUACAAAAAAGUCAAAUUGCAGCCAUUCAACUAUCAUUCUUGACGACACCUCUAAACUUAAUUUUACAAACCUCUUCUUGAACUUUGGUGGAAUUUUAAGCUUGGCUUUGUCUGAUAAGCAGACAGAAGAUUUAGACAGUGUUCCUUUAUCUGUAUUUCAGGUGAAGGGCACACGAUGUCGGCUGAUAAUGCAAGAGUACAGCGAUGGGAUUCUCGUUAAAGCAUACAACAAAUGGGUAUUUCGAUUAGAAGCAAAAGAAACAAUCACAAGUGAUGUAUUUGUAACCAAAUUCGGAAAGCCCCUUCCGAACACUGCUGUUGCAGUUUCGCCAUAUAAUAGCCUUUUCGACAGUGUACCUGGUUCUGGGAAAUUUGAAAAUGCCAAAUUUAGUAAGAAAGUGUUUUAUACCAAUAUUACAGGAAUCGCAACGCUAAGAAUACCAACUAUUAGCUCUAAUUUCAGGAGGAAAAGUUUAGAUGGGAAUUUAGAAGGCUACUACUUCUACGUCCCUUCAAGUAAAAUGCAUGCUGCUAAGGUGCAUAAAAGAUUUUCCAUGAUUGUUGCCCGUGUAUACUCGCAAUUUUCAUAUCCCGAAGACAUCACAUGGUCUGACCACAUAAGGCCAAUUUUCCAAACAUACGCGAAUUUGUUUCCUGUAAUGAAUAGCAGAAGUCUUGACCUCGGCAACUACUUCGACGUUGUUGAGCACAAAUCCAUCAUAAGCACAUCAAUGUCACUACCAAUGUCACAUCCAAGUUUUAUGCCAGCAACUAGAGACCUGAGCAAAAAAAAGAGGAGAAUGAUUUUGAAGUGGCUUGCUCAAGAGAGACCCAAAUUGGGCAACGUGUCAGUUCUAUUUACAAAGCAUUAUCUGCUACAGCUUCUUCAAACAGCGUUAGAAGUUACCCAUGCCAGCUUACCCCCAUUCUUAAACGCACUUUGGUCCAUCAAGGGUAAAUACAACAGAAAGGUUGCAUCAGUCAUUAAUAAAGUCAUUAAUCAUGAAGUAAAUAAGAUUGGCAUCAUAGCCUCUUUAAUGUCGACAUUAGGUGGAAGAGCCAAAUUUGUCCACAAAGAUUUUCUUCCCUUUUACCCCGGUCGGUUUCCGGGUGGAAUACAAAGUGAGGUGCUUCUCUCAGUUGAAAAGCUAUCUGCAAAGCUUUUUCGCAGUAGUUUGAUGAAAGCAAAGCGUCCUGAGAUAAACUACCUAAGCUUAUGGUUCAGGAAUGCAGUCUUUCAACUUUCUUUCUUUAAAAAAUAUAAAAGAUGCGUUGGAAUGUAUGCUCGUCAAAAUCCAAGUUGCAGGCACAAAAGGCUCUUAAGAACGAGACAUUACUCAAAUAUUCUUGCAGGGAAGAUGAAGAGAAAGUGUAACUUUGCUACAAAAACUUUCUUGGCUGAAUACUUAGAGAAGCUUAAGAUGGAGAAACCAAGAAGUUCCUUUUUAGAUCCUCAAGAUCGAACACUAUUCCAAUAUCAUUCAUCAAUUAACAAGCUCUUUGAUCAUAUUCUAUUUGUUCUAUCAUACAUAACAGGGUGUGGAUCGAAUGACACUUUAUUUCGUGCGCCAAAGAAAUGGCCAUUGAAAAUACCACGCAGAUCAAUUUUCGGUUCCAUUCCAGUCAUAAGCGAUUAUUCUUCAGCUGUCGAUGCGAUUAGACGUCUUAUGAGAAUAACAAAUAGUUUUGAUACAGGAGUUGAAUCACAGUAUAAAUUGUUGCUUUCAAUUGUGCAAGAAUCGUCUUCCUUGCCGGUUUUCAAGCCCUCAAAGAAGUUUCCAAGAUCUGCAUUUUAUGCAGCAAAUGCCUUGGCAGAGAAAUCAAAGCACAAAAGUCAAAUAGAUGUACCUAUCGCAAUGGGCAUUGCAGAGCAUGGCGUCUGGCCUAUAGCCUCCAAUCCAAAGAUUCACCAUUUCCCCAACGGUACUCUCCGCAAUACGGCGAUUGCUUUUAACGAUAUUUACACAAGUUUUUUAGUCUACUGUGAACUGUUAUUCAAAACUUCAAAUGACACUUUAAGAUGGAAAUAUCUUGAAUCUGUUGAUAAACUGGCAACUGCAAUGCGAGUUUUGGGGAAGAGGCUUGUCCAGACACCAAUUCAUAAGAGAGGAAAUAGAUAUGUUGGCCCAAACGGUGCACCGACGUUUGAAAUCGAUUUCCAAUUUGGAUUUUUACUAACUGUAUCGCAUUCUGACACGCUAAGACAGUUGGAAAAGGCUAAAUGGAAAGUAAACGUGUACGCAAAAGAGAGAGAGAAAUUUAUGAAAAAAGGCAUAAACUCGUACAUUCUAACAUUGGAUUCCACAUCGAAAAAAAAAUAUUCUGUUCCAGUAAGCGAAGAAGACAGAGAUGUUUUUAGGCCUUUGGCUGAAAAUCCUUUAGUAGACGUUACUGCAGCUUACGAUAGUCUCUAAAAUUUUUGUUUUGAGACAAACAGUUUCUGCAGGCAUCAGAUUCGAUACCUGCACAAUUUCCAUUUUAUUUUUUUUCCAUUUAAUUUUUUAAUCAAAUUUAUUGAAGGAUAGGGGGAGAGCACUCUCUGCGAUUAGUUUGCCUAUUGAGAAAGCUCGACCUUUAAGUAAUUCGCUCCAUACAAUUUAUUUCAUUCCUAUGUAUUGUAUGUUGUAUUAAUUUUCUGGAAUAUUUUCCAUUGUAGUUUAGUUACUUGCUAGUAUAGUAAAUUCUAUAUAAAUUGUAUGCAGUGAAUUUAGAAUAUAUAAAACUGAAACUGAAACUGAAACUGUUAUUUGUGUUUUGUGUCAUGAUAACGAGAAUAUUGAGAACAAGCGGUAUGUGAAGCGUCUACCCGAUUUGGUGUACAGGGGCGGAUCCAGAGGGGUGCGAAGGGGGCUCGAGCACCCCUCAGAUUUGAGAAAAAACUUUUUGGGGAUUAAAGCUUAUUCUACCGCAAUUUUGUUUAUUAUUAUUUAAACCAUUUAAAUAAUACCGGGAAGUAUGCACAUCUCCUGAAAUUAUUAUUUCCGCUUCAAUGCCCCGUCUCACAACUGUUCAACAUUGUUAUUUCAGUGAAUGCAUUGAAGUGUUAUGAAACUCCCCCUGGUUGUCCUGUAUAGCAUUCUACAGACUCGGAAAGCAUUGUCUCCUCUUAUAUCCAGCCACUUAAGGAACCCGUGGCCUGUAAAUUAUACGAGUUUCUGCACCCGUGGAAGUGAAUCUAGCCAAUCACGGUGCCAGGUCGAGGGGUUCUAAACUUUGGCGCGAGAACCCAUGAAUUUCAAAAAUCCAAAACAUCAAAGAAUACCGACCAAACCAGGGGGAGUUUUCUUCGCUUCAAUCUACAGUCAAUCUUCAAUCUUCAAUCUACAAUCUACAGUAUAAGUGGUUUUAUGACCAGGGGGAGUUGAGGUUGACCAGGGGGAGUUGAAUUAUGAUACAGCACGCGACGAAUGCUUAGGCGCAAAUUUGCAAUAUGUUUUCGUGGAUCUUUUGACGAUCUUUACCUGAUGCUCGACUCGAUGCUGUAACGGCAGAACUUGUACACGCUUUGGUUAAUAUAACAGAACGGUUCCAAGUUUCAACUCCGUGUUUCACGUCUUAUUCAUAGACCAUGAGGUAUGAUUUAUCUUCAGAGGAUAAAGCUUGCCCGAGCCCUUGUUGUUCUUUUUUUUUAAUCAUUCAAGAACUACAUACAAAACAUCUCAAAAACUUGCCCUUACUAUUCUUGACCAAAAGGGGUUUCCUUCUUAUUCCUACUUAUAUUCCUACGAAUACUUUUUUCUCUAAAGAUUUCAAAUUCAUAAAAAUACUCAAAACGGCAGGCCCAUAGCGAAACGUUCAGGGCCUUCUUUGUUUGGUUUGGCGUCAUAUGUCGAUGUUUGAAUCCCUGUGUUCAACUUUUGUCCAAUUUUUUUCUAUUUAAUUGUCCUAUUUUCCCGUGCACUGCACUUCAAGGGCUUCAUUCCACCAGCCACGUUAUUUUUUUGGUCAAGCUGAUCAAGUUCUAAUAAAUGGCUGCAAAGAGUCAAAAAUUGAAUUUUGCUUUGAAAAUUUGUGGGCUCGGGCCUUUUGCCACUGCGGGCCAUCAUAUCAUAUUUGACUACAGUUUCUAUACUUUUGUACCCUAAGUGAAUAUAAGAGGACGAGCUGCAAAUUGCGUUCAAUUGGCAUAAAAGCUGAAACCAAAAAUUACUAUAUAAAUCAAGGCAUCCAGGCUUUUUAGUUUAUGGAAGACUUUCAUUUCGUUAUGGCUUAUUAGCAGGGGUACGGAGUGUGUGCAUAGCAACACCCUGGGUUACCAAGCCUUACGUUUUAGAACCCCUCAGAGCCCCUAGUGUACUCUACCUUUCUUUAGUUAACAAUUCUCAAGAAUCUCAUCAAAUUCACGCUAAAAAAGGUCGUUCGAUAUUUCCACACGUGAUCAGUUGCUGGAUUUGGCAACUAGGGGGAGGGGGGUUUGAUCAAAUUCCAGUAAGUGAUCAUUGGUGGAACUAUUAGAAAUGACUGAAUGUUGAAAAGUUGUAAUGGAAACUGGCAAUAAUUGAUUUUUCGCAAAGCUGUCCCACCGUACCUCUAUAUUUCAUAUUUUGGGCUUUUCAUGUAAUAUAGAAUAUUUAUUUAUUCUGCCAAGGAAGGGGGGAGAGACUGAAAGUCAGCGACCAGAUGUCACUAACUGAUCAGUCAACCGUUUAGAGUUUUCGGUAGGCAUUAUGAUCGAGAAUUAGCCUUGCGUUGCUGAUUGGAUACUUAACAAUAGGUCUAUUGUGUAGUCCAACCAAUGCGAAAUUUAAGUGGCUAGCAAAAUGCAUGGGGGCCUUUGAAUGAAAUUGAAGUAUAUGGUACAUUUUUAGUUUCGAUUCCAAGAACGUGUUUCACUUUUGUUUACUUAAGCUACAAACAGUCACAGCAUCGUAAUAAUCUCAAAACUAGUCAUAAAGUGUCUAUCAUUCAGUUAAAG